CACCCUGUUUCCUCUCUUCUCUCUCAAGAGCGUCUGUCUAUCCGCACCGCGAGUACCAACACCAACCCGCUUGCCACUUUCCCCGAGGUACUAAUGUUUCAUAUGUCAGCCUGUUUAUCCCAUACCCGAAUGGCGGAUAGAAAAGUCGCACAUUUUGAGAGUGCUCAGCUCAGCCGAGCGAUAGCUCUAAUUGUUCCCAUUACAUUUGGAGCAGACAUAUCCGCCAACGUACCCGGUGCCAUUGCACUCGGAGCAUGUUGUAGGCAUCUUUCCAAUAGUGUGCUCGUAGACGAUUUGCGAGGUGUCUGAGGGAAAAAAUGGAAGACUUGGUAAAAAUUGGCGUGUCCCUAGUGUCAUGAGGCUAUUUAUUGCUGGGGCAUGGAUCCUCGCGGGGUCUCGACACGUGAUCACUGGAGCCGACCGAGCUUCCCCGCCGGCUGCCAAUUGAACCGCCUCACCGUCUCCAACAUACCCAUGGUACUCUUCCUUCAUUCAAAAUCCCGUAUAAUGGCCACGUCGCAAAUGUCCACACAAUGCCAAACUUGUUACGGCACAUUUGGCUCAAUUGACGACUUACGGAAACAUAUCUGGGGUUAUCAGGUCGAGAUAAACCGGCAUUCGACCAGGAUACAGGAAGCUCAACUGCAUCUGCCUCCACGUCGACACCGCAUGCCUUGGAAUCCGUCCAAUCAUUUAGGCUGCGAAUACUGCUCCCACGAUACACCUUACGAGAACGAAAUACUCGAAAAUGACGACGACGCAUUCAACGAUAACAAUGAAUCGGAAGCCGAAGGCGACUGCGUUGCGCCAGUGAAGACUCGGGAGUUUGCAUGUCCAGAUACAAGAUGCGACAAGCGGUUCAUGAGAAUGACACGCUUGGUUGCUCACUUUGGGAAGCAUGUCCAAUGCUUUGAGGUUUGUGUUCACUGCCGUGAGCUGUUCACUCAAGCCUCUCGUUAUCUUGGACACAAAUGUGACAAUCGCGGAGACAAUGCUGCGAAGAAGUACUACGUGACGGAGCGACGCUCGCAACUUCAAAAUUAUAUCAUCGAUAAGCUGUAUCAGAACGAUCGUUCCCUCCCGACCCUCCAGGAUCGAAAACGACCACACGAGAUGGCGAAUCUGUGCUCAGUGAUGCGGUUGGGAAAGAAACGGAAGGCGAACUCAAAUGAAGAUACCUCGCUGGUCUCCUUCGACGGCAAGCCUCGUGAUUCAGCUACUAGUCGUGCGGUUGAGGCCUCCCCAGCGCAUCCCAUUGAACCAGGAGACGCGACUACUGAUGCGCCCAUGGUGCAUCAAAUACCGGCAUCUUCUUUUUCAAGUAACACCGACACGCCUGAUGCGGAUUUCUCAGGCGAUUUAGCCUCGUCAUUGCCCUCUGGCGUGCUUGAAAUGCCUAACUAUUGGCCUGCGCGCAAGAUCGCUCCAAUGUUUCAUAGCGCCACCAUAACUCCAAACUAUGAAAUAGGACAGCAGUACGAGUCUCAGCUUGGUCCAAAUCUGGCGAACAUGGUGGCCAACGGCCAUUGUCCACCCGUCGACUCACUGAGCAUGGCCGGGUCGUCCAACUACUCGAACGCUCAGUUGGGACCCGCUCUGUCUGUCAAUGUAGGAGACGACCCUUCAUUUAGUUCUUUCCAAAUGGCCGGAUCACCAAGCUUGUCAUCUUCUCGAAAGAUUGCGCCAAUGUUUCGUCAUAAUACGAUAACACCGACCUACGAUUGUGGACAGCAAACACGACAUCUGGACCCAAUGGUGCAUGAAGAUACGGAACCACGGGGCACGUUAUAUUUCGGCAUGUUGACCGCUCAGGCCGCAGAUGAGGCGGCUCAAACUGGCCAUACGGGGCAUAUGUUCUUUUAACAAUGGUUUUCCCUCCUGUCCAUACGCUAUCCUGCCGAAUCUGCUUCGUGGUCCGAGGCGUAUUUGACGUUGAUUUUAAAGUUUGUACUUUCCAUUUCAUUGACCGUAUGAUUCAGCCGUGCCGAUAACUCCAUCGGAUGCCAUGCCUUCAUUGCCUCCUUUGUCCCAACAGCAAACGUGAUCGCUGUACCAUUUUCAACUUCGAAGGCGACGCGGGAGUCGUGAAUAGUACUGUAAAUGAAAUUAGGCGAGAGACUGAUGGCUGUCAAAGUAACUUACAAGCCGCCAUCAUCGAGGGUCUCGGUUUCGGGUCUGAGGCCGAGUUCUUUCAAAU